UGUCUCUCUCUCCUUCACAUCGCUCCUAAGUCUCUCGGAGGGAGGACGGACGGAUAAUCAGCGCGCAGAGCGGAUUGUGAUACCCGGAGGAGAGAAGGAUGCUCUGAUGAUCUCCUCUGUCUCUCUCCUCUCUUACACCUCUCCACUUGGUUUUCACAUUUUUUUCAGCGUCUCUGGCGCUCGGCCAAAUUGAAGGAGAAAGAACAUUUUCGGAUCCUGACAGUGGUUCUACUUUGCGUCUGUUGUUUGUAUCUUGAGUCGAACUGAAAAAUAAACUGGGGAUUUGAUCUGUGGAUGUGUUGGACAGACGCUCUUCAGAGGGGAUUUUGCUUUCUCUGAGUCGGACUGCGCUCUUUCCAGAAAGAGAAACGAACAAUACAAGAUGGAUGCCUGCAGGCAGAGACACUAACGGACAGAUGAAAGACACAGAAGACAGCGUGAAGAUAAGCAGACUGACCGACUCAAACGGACAAACAGAGCUGUAUAAUUCAGGCGGCGACUGAACCCUGCAUCACAUGUGACACCGGUAAUGAGCUAAAGGCUGGUGAAUCAGGAGUGAUCGAACAGAGGCAGGCCGACAGCCACAAGCAACCGGUUGAAAAUUGGGGAUGACUGUUAACAUCAGCGGCAGACGCCUCAGCUCCUGAACUACAGGGUUCAUCAACAUUCCGUGAGCAGCAAGAAGAAAAAUCACCUCAGUGGCUGCGGCGCUCCACUGAGAGGAACCAGAGCAUAAAGGGGGAGGAGGCGAGGCCAAGUGCACGGUACCUCCGGUCACGGGCAAGAUGACGAUGCUGAUAACCAAACGACAGAGCCUCGGGCUGCUCAGAGCCGUCCUGGUGCUAGUGGGCGUCUCUGCUCUCUGCAGCGGUGCACUCGGAACCCGCAGAGGAAACGCUUCCCUGGAUCAGAGGUCCCACAGACACAGACAUCCAGGUCACGCAUCGCUGCACAGACACAGACAGCGGGCGGGAAAAGAAGGUCAGGUGCUCCACAGGUCCAAACGCGGCUGGGUCUGGAAUCAGUUCUUCGUCAUUGAGGAAUACACCGGACCUGACCCCGUCCUGGUGGGAAGGCUUCACUCAGAUGUGGACUCCGGUGACGGUAACAUCAAGUACAUCCUGUCUGGCGAAGGCGCAGGGACCAUCUUCGUCAUUGACGACAAGACGGGCAACAUUCACGCUACAAAAACCCUGGACCGCGAGGAGCAGGCACAGUACACGCUCACAGCUCAGGCUGUUGCAAGGGACACAAACAAGCCUCUCGAACCGCCGUCAGAGUUUAUCGUUAAAGUUCAGGACAUCAACGAUAAUCCGCCGGAAUUCCUGCACGGACCGUACUAUGCUCGAGUGCCUGAGAUGUCAAAUGUUGGUACGUCAGUGAUGCAGGUGACAGCGACAGAUGCUGACGACCCCACCUACGGCAACAGCGCUAGGCUAGUGUAUAGCAUACUGCAAGGACAGCCGUACUUCUCGGUGGAGCCGCAGACAGGUAUAAUUCGGACUGCUCUUCCCAACAUGGACCGCGAGGCGCGCCAAGACUACGAUGUGGUCAUCCAAGCUAAAGACAUGGGCGGUCACAUGGGCGGUCUGUCAGGAACGACGGAGGUGAAGAUCACGCUGACGGACGUCAACGACAAUCCGCCCAAGUUCCCGCAGAGUGUUUACUCCAUGUCGGUGUCGGAGGAUAAAGAAAUGGGAGAGGAAGUGGGCCGCCUGAAGGCCAAAGACCCUGACAUGGGAGAUAAUGGCCUGGUGAGCUACCGCUUGAUAGAUGGAGACGGACUGGGAUCAUUUGAGCUGUCCACCGACUCGGAGACCAGAGAAGCAGUUAUUAAGCUCAAGAAGAAAGUGGAUUUCGAGACAAAGCGGUCCUACACCCUGAAGGUGGAGGGAUCCAAUCCCCACAUCGACCCCCAUUACCUGGCCUGGGGCCCGUACAAGGAUGAAGCAACAAUAAAGAUCACGGUGGAGGACGCAGAUGAGCCGCCAGUGUUCAUUGCUCCGAGUUACACUUUUGAGGUGGUGGAGAAUGCCCCUGAAGGCACCAUGGUGGGCCGAGUCCACGCCAAGGACACGGACAUUACCAACAAUCCAGUCAGGUACAUGAUUCCCCGGUACACAGACAUCGAGCAGUUCUUCGCCAUCAACCCUGAGGACGGAAUGAUCGUGACAAAGAGACCCCUGGACAGAGAGUCACAAGCCUGGCACAAUAUCUCUGUGUCCGCGACCGAGAUUGGCGGCCAGCAUCAGGACACCACUAAAGUGCGUGUCAACAUCAAGGUCAAGGAUGUGAACGACAACCCUCCAGAUUUUGCAACAAACAACGAGGUCCUCAUGUGUGAAACGGUGCCUCCCGGAAAGGUGAUCGAGACGGUGAGCGCGGUGGACAAAGACGAGAUGGGUCACCGACAACACUUCACCUUCAGCCUCACCGCCGAAGUCGCCCACAACAACAACUUCUCCCUCAAAGACAACAGAGACAGCACCGCCAGCAUCUACGUGCUACGGAAGGGAUUCAGCCGCCUGACGCAGGACGUGUACUACCUCCCCAUCGAGAUAAACGACAACGGCGUCCCCCCCAUGAGCAGCACCAACACUCUGACCAUCCGGGUCUGCUCCUGCGACAGCAAAAACACCAUCCUGUCCUGCAACGUGGAGCCAUACGUGCUGCCGGCGGGCCUCAGCACCGGGGCGCUGAUCGCCAUCCUGGCCUGCAUCGUCAUUCUGUUGGCUAUCGUGGUUCUGUUUGUGGCGCUUCGCCGUCAGAAGAAGGAGCCGUUGAUCGUGUUUGAGGAGGAGGACAUCAGAGAGAACAUCAUCACCUACGACGACGAGGGAGGCGGCGAGGAAGACACGGAGGCUUUUGACAUUGCCACUCUGCAGAAUCCAGACGGUGCCAACGGUUUCCUGCCCAGGAAGGAUAUCAAACCGGAGCUCCAGUUCCCCCUCAGACCUGGUGGGCCUCCAGCAGCCAACAGUGUUGACGUGGACGACUUCAUCAAGUCUCGAAUCGCAGAGGCUGACAGCGACCCCACGGCACCUCCGUACGACUCCAUCCAGAUCUACGGCUACGAGGGCAGAGGAUCGUUGGCGGGCUCCUUGAGCUCCCUCGAGUCGGUGACAACGGAGUCCGACUUGGAUUAUGACUAUCUGCAGAGUUGGGGGCCGAGAUUCAAGAAGUUGGCAGAUUUGUACGGGACCAAAGACAGCUCCGUUCACGACCUUGACGACGGCGAGGACUCUUAACAGCGGUCCUGACGAGAGGACGCCCUACGAUUAUUUUGAUAAUGAUUCCCAGAGGAUUUGUUUCCCAAACCUGCUCAAGUCACAGUGUUAUCAACAACAGACUGAUCAGCUCAAACCCACUUCAUCACCCGAUGGCUUCUCAUCUCCUCUGCCCCUGAGAAGAUUUGUUAAAGGACAAGCAUUACACCCAAAUCUCUCCUGUCAGUCUCUUUUAUAAAGACUUGAAAAUUGUAGGGCUGAGGAAUUUGUGUGUUUCUUCAGAAGUGUGGAAAAAAAAAAAACACCUUCCUGUACGAUCAAUGACUUCUAGCAAGCGCUUUAGUUUAUUGGAUUCUAUAUACUUUUGUGGACUGGAUUCACAUACUUCCUUAACAGAACGGAACAGAGGGGGUUGUUUACCUCAGUGAUUGUAACCAGAUUUUGAGAUGUGUUUCUGUAUCAUUGAAUAUUCCACAUUGAAUCUGCCAAACUCCACGUAUGGUAUGCGCUUCCAAAAAUAUGUAGCAUUUGUUGAUGAGAGGAUUAUCCACCCAUUCCAGGUCAGUCCUUAAGAUGUGCAUUAGCUGCCUGGUUGCGUUGGUUCCUCCAGGACCACCUCUGUAUUUCAGAAAGAGAGAUGCGCCACGGCUUAGCUAUGAUCUCGGCGUUGAGCCUCAGGUCUUCCUUUAGGCGGCAGCUUGUUGGCGAACCGAAACUGGUCCCUCGUGUGUGGUCUGUUCCACAACCUUAACAACCCAUACUCGAGGCGUCAAAUAGCGACUGUUUUCAAGUGCACUUUUGCUUCUUAUAUUGAUGAUGAAGGCAGUGUUUUAAUGGAGUCAAAAGUCUCCUCUCCCGUUGUUGACAUUCUCAGCGGGGGUGUUGUUCAAAAGCUCUCCUCUUUACUUCUUACUACUAACCCUAGCCCGAAUCUCUGUCUUUAUUUGACGUGACGCACAGUCCACCCACCAGGAUUUGCCCCAGAAGGCGGUGUGUCAGGUAAAAGCCAAAACGGGGAACGCUGACAUUCACUUGGAAAUAGUCGCUAUUUGACACCUUAAGAGGGAGACUUUGUGUGCCCAAGUGGCCCCCAAGAGCAUCACUUAUUUAUUAAGAUCCUCCAACCUUUCUCGAACCCUGGCAAGCCAGGAUGAGUAGAAGAUUACUAGGGAAAAAAAUAUUUCUUGUGAUCACCUCUUAGCUGGACUACCAGGUGUCACAGAGACAUUGUUGCAUCCAGCUGAAGCCAAUCCAAAAAAAAAAAGAUUAAGAGACUUCAGUUUCCUUGUUUCCUGGCCACUUACUUUCAAAGUAUGAUAUCAUUUUAGAGCCGAUAUUGUUUGUACAUUUGGGUUUAUUACUUAAUUAACACUGUGAAUACAGCAUCCAUCACUCCUGAAGGAUAACAUUGCUGCAAUGCGAAAUAAUCGUAUUUCUGAUAUGUAUGCCCUAAAAAAUUGAAUUCAUUGUCUCUUCAUCUUCAAAGGAAACAUGCAUUUGGAUUUAUGAGUUUAGCCAUAAUGUGACAUUUAUCACUGAUGCAGUCGAUAUCUUUGUCCAGAACUACUCUCAAACUUUCUCCUUGCUGGCGAAGAACAAAAACAAAUAAAACAGUUUUCCGACUGGCACUGCAGCAACACGGCUCCAAACUUACCCACCGACUCCACCGUAGGAGUCACUUUUUCAAAUUGAUUUCCUUAAGCAGGAUGAAUGAGUCUGGCAAAACUUGAAAUGGAAGCAUUUACAAGCAUUUCUUCAAAUUUAGUCCGUAACUUCAACAGAAGAUUAAAAUCCAUGGUAUCGGUGGCAGGAUUCCAACUCAUUUACAACUUUCAAGAUUCUAAAUGGAAUGUUUAAUGAUACAAAGGAGGUUCUGGAGAGGGAAAGCAGAGCGUUUCGGACGGUCAUGUGUUAAGUAAAACUGCAUUUCUGUGUGUGGAGGAUCCAGCGGGUUCGGUUAUCGUGAUGACACUCUGGGUUGUUGAUACUUUGAAGAAGCCUCUUCACAGUAUGGUGGCCUUAUAAUAAAUAAACAACAACUCCAGGGGCAACAUUCAAAACGGAAGACCGCUAGCUUCAGUAGCUUCCCCUGACAAACACACACACAGGGGACUGUGGACAUUUUGUGAUAUUGCUACUCUCCUGUUUUUUCUACUCCCUUCACCCCCCCCAAAAAAGCGUCACUCCUCACAGACGUGGAAACUGUGGAUGAUCCCUAGAAAACAAGGAGAGGAAAAAAAAACCUUCCUCACAAACCAACGUUCCCCUCCCGUCUGUUCCAUCACUUUCUGGACCGGGUCCACCAAUGAAUCACUUCCUUAUUUUGGAGUCCACUAAUCAAUCACAACGAGUUUAAAAAAAAUGUUAAAAA